GGUGUAGCAGUGUAGUGUACAUACAGCUUGUCUAGAACUAAAAAGACACGCGGGGAAGAAAUAGGAACAUGCGGAUGGAAAGAACGGAUGAGACAGACGAGUGGACCGAACGAAAUGGCCAAGAAAAGCGAACGAAACGCAAGGAACAGACGAGGACGACCUCCCAACUCACACACACCAAACAUCGAACAAAGACGCCGCCAGGCGCAACGGCGAGCUCGCGACAGCGUACACACCCCCAGGGCCACAAGGCCGCACGCUACCCCCGCCAGUCCUCGAACCCGAACAGGUCGACCGAGAACGCCGCAAAGUCCUCCCGCGACGGGUACUUGUCCGCCAGCGCGCGCGGGAACCCGAUCUCGAUCGAGCUCGAGCGGCAGUGGCCCCCGCCCGGGCGCGUCCGCGCCGACGGGAGGAUCACCUCGAUGAACGGGAUCGCCGCGCCCCCCGCUUUCGUCGUUGCUUUCGUCGCGGUCGGGCCUGUGGGCAGGCCCCACGGCGCCGCGCCCUCGCCCUCCCAGUCUGUGUCCGAGUCCGAGUCCGUUGUCGACGCUGCCGAGCUCGCGGAGGUCGUCUCGCGGAGAUCCGCACGCUCCCCGCCGCGAUGCCGCAGUGCCAUCCGGCUCACUGCCGCCAUCCGACUCGCCCUCGCCGCCGUUGACGACGAUGACGAUGACGACGACGACGACGACGCAUCGUGAGCGGUGAUGCGCGUGCCGCUCCCGGCG